AGCCACGCCUACUAUCUUAGCUCAGCAAAAUAAUUAAUCAUAGCAAAUUAAUGAUUAUUAAAAGCUAGCUAGCUUUAUACACACGCUGCAUGCCAUCAAGCUGCUAACAUACACACAGAGAGAGAGAGAGAGAGUUGGUUGAGCUGCGAGAGAACAUGACGAGCUUUGGGGGAGUGGUAGAUCCCUUCGCUGUGGAGGACCCCUCUGAACUACCUGACUGGAGACUACCAUUGAGCUUCAUGAAGAGUCGGCACAGCUCCUUAUUCUCUAGUGAUGAUGAGGGCAGUGCAGAGCAACCAUGGCGCAUGAAGGACAGGAUGAAGACUUGGAGUGUAGCUCUGAUCUUAUGUCUCAAUAUUGGAGUAGACCCUCCUGAUGUCGUCAAGACUAACCCCUGUGCUAGGAGGGAGUGCUGGAUAGACUCACUGUCUACCAGCUCUCAGAAAGCACUGGAGGAAAUUGGGAAUAGUUUGCAGAAACAAUACGAGCGUUGGCAACCUCGUGCUCGUUGCAAGCAACUCCUGGACCCCACCACCGAGGAAGUGAGGAAGCUGUGCAUGGCACUCAGGAAGAACGCUAAGAGUGAACGCGUGCUCUUCCAUUACAAUGGCCAUGGGGUACCCAAACCAACUCAGAACGGAGAGAUAUGGGUCUUCAAUAAAAACUACACUCAAUACAUCCCCCUGUCACUGUAUGACCUGCAAGCCUGGAUGGGGAGCCCCUCCAUAUUCCUGUAUGACUGCUCCCACGCUGGCCAGAUCCUUGAGUCAUUCAAAGCCUUCUCUCAUCAGAGGGAUAGUGAAUUCUUCCUCGAGACUACUGCCUUUAAUAGCUGUGUGGGUCUACAGGAAAGCUGUAUACAGCUAGCUGCUUGUGGUCCUAAGGAGGUCCUUCCUAUGCAUCCUUCACUGCCUGCUGAUCUAUUCACUGCUUGCCUGACCACUCCUAUCAAAACAGCUCUCCUCUGGUAUUGCUAUUCUAGAGUGGGCAAACUGUGCCUUGUGUCAGGGAUCACUCCGGAGAUCAUUGACAAGAUCCCAGGACGAAUCAACGAUCGGCGUACACCACUAGGAGAGCUUAACUGGAUAUUCACUGCCAUCACUGACACCAUCGCUUGGAACAUUGUACCAAAAGAUUUGUUCCAGAAGUUGUUUCGUCAAGACCUGCUGGUAGCAAGUCUGUUUAGGAACUUCCUAUUGGCAGAGCGUAUCAUGAGGACCUAUAAGUGUACCCCAGAGAGCCAUCCUGCCAUCCCCUCCACCUACAACCAUCCAAUGUGGGCAGCCUGGGACCUAGCUCUAGACCAUAUUGCACGACAGCUACCAGACCUUGUGGAGAACAAGGCUCCUUAUGAGUCGAGUCAGUUCUUCGCUCAACAGCUUGGGGCCUUUCAAGUGUGGCUAGUCAACUGCUCACAAAGCCAGACCCCCCCUCAACAACUCCCCAUUGUCCUCCAGUUUCUGCUGAGUCAGGCUCACAGAUUGCAAGCACUGGAGUUGCUGGGAAGGUUCCUAGACCUGGGUCCCUGGGCUGUACACGCUGCACUCAAUGUUGGCAUCUUCCCAUACGUACUCAAACUAUUGGGUAGUAAACUGAAGGAGCUGCAACCCAUCCUAGUCUUCAUCUGGGCCAAGAUCCUAGCAGUAGACCCGUCUUGCCAGGCUGACUUGAUCAAAGACGGAGGGUACAAGUACUUUAUCCAGAUUCUGGCUGAUCAGAGCAUGCAGUAUGAAUAUCGGACAAUGGCAGCGUUUGUCUUGUCAGUGGUAGUCAAGGAUAAUCCAAAGGGCCAGGAAGUUGCUUUACAGAAUAAUGUCAUCUCUCUGUGUCUGUCUCAACUGGAGGAACCGAAUGCGUUGCUCAAGCAAUGGUUGGCCAUUUGCUUGGGGAGAUUGUGGACACGUUAUGACUCAGCACGCUGGUGUGGAGUGAGAGACUCGGCACAUGACAAGUUGUACUCAUUACUAUGGCAUGAGAUACCAGAUGUGAGAGCUGCUGGAGUAUUCUCAUUGGGUACCUACAUGCUCAACACUUGUGAGGGUGGUAGCUCUGAACAAGCCUCCUCCAUUGAUCAUGCUGUGGGCAGGAAACUCAUUGCUCUUAUCCACGAUGGCAGCCCUGUGGUCAGACUGGAGUUGGUGUCUGCUCUGCAUAGUCUCAUUACACUGUAUGAGAAGCAGUUCCAAUUAGCUGCCCUCCGCUCGUGUGAUGGUGAUAGGGUUACGACCUCUGUGACCCCUACUGGGUGGAUACAUGUGUCAUUGGACCCCCCAGAAGUGGAGACUUCCUUUGAGUCAGAGCAACCUACCGCAGUGGGUGGUUCCAUUGGUACUAGUAGACAGAUCUCCACACGGACCUCUGCUACACUCUCCAAUGGAUCUCUAAUAGAUUCACCUCCUCUGUCAUCCUUCAGCGGAGAGGAAGUGGGUGUGGUCAAGAAGAGCUUCGGGUCGCCAAGGGCAACGCCGCCGCCACUACCUGGGAAGGCAGUCCACAAUCAGAUAUGGAAGGGCCUAGUGUUACUAGCAAGUGACCCCUGUCCAAAGGUCGCUGAGCAUGCACAAUGUGUUGUACACAGUGUACAUGAUAAGCUGAGACAGAAGUCAUUAGCACGCAGUAUAGGAGUGACUCUGGUCAACUCGAUGAGUACUCCAUCUUCCCCACACAUGAAGGCUGCCACGCUAGGCCCCUCCUCCCUACGUCCGUCAAACCGCCCAUAUAUAACCACCUCUGCCUCCACACAAGAGUUCAGAGGUGACCCGGGUAUUUCCCUCCCUCGUCAACAGAGCCCUGUCACGAUGUCACUACCCUCUUCCACGCUUCAUCUGGCAGCCAGGCGGACUGUGUUCGGACGUGGGGGCAUGCCUAUUACGGAAGAGGACGAAGGUGGCGAUGAUCUGAAGAGUUCUGAUACUCAUUUCUGUGACUGGUGUUGCAAGUACUUUGCCAAUCCACUCAUGAAGCCCCCUGAGGAUUGUGACCCCGCUAGUGUACUCUACCAGGAGAGGGAGUUCAGGUUCAUACGCAACCACACCGUGAGGGAGGACUGUGUGGAGGUCUGCAGGUCUGUCUCCAGGGGAAAACUAUCUGAUGAGGUGUUUGUUAGCAAGGAGACCAGCACUCCACAACUCUUGUUGUUCCAUCCGUUCCAACCACAUCUCGCUGUCAUGGGCAAACAGAGCUGGAGUGUGUGGGAUAUUGAGGAGGGUACCAAGAUGUGCUCCAACUAUAACGCCCCCUCACAAAUCACCUCCGCUAAGUUCAUUAAUUCUCACGACAUUACGUUCCUACUCAUUGGUAGCGAGGAUGGAGCUGUGCAUGUGUGGAAGGACUACAACACUGCUUACCCUAAACUAGUCACAGCCUGGAGGGCUCUCACUGACAUGCUGCCAUCAUCUAGAAAUGCGGGUAUGGUGGUGGAGUGGGAGCAGAGCACAGGGCUACUCUAUGCAGGAGGAGAUAGUCGACACAUUCGAUUGUGGGACACUCAUAAGGAGGUCAAUGUGCAGGACAUACCCACUGGGGCAGACUCUUGUGUGACCUGCCUCACCUCUGACAGUGCUGACAGGUCACUGCUCAUUGCUGGCUGUGGAGAUGGCACAGUCAGGCUGUAUGAUAAGAGGCAGAGCUCAGGACAGAGUUUGGUGCAGACUCUGAGGGAACACAAGAGCUGGGUGGUGAAUGUACACAUGCAGUUAUACACACGUGAGAGAGCUAUAGUGACUGCCAGUGCUGAUGGUGACGUGCGGGUGUGGGACCCGCGCUUCAGUCAGAGUGUACGCACUCUGUCUAGCAUGGGAGGGAACACUAGCGUGUGUGAGAUACACCCCAGAGCACCACUCAUGGCAUCAGCCAAUCAGAACCAGGGAAUAAGAAUAGCCAAUCUCGAGUCUGAUGAAGUGCUGAGUCAUAUCAGAUAUCAUGAUGGUUUCAUGGGACAAAAGCUUGGGCCCACUCGCUGCCUUGCCUUCCAUCCCUACAGAGUGUGGUUGGCUGCUGGGGGUAGCGAUGGUUUCAUCACUGUCUACUCUGCUGACAGAAAGAAGUGACUGAACAAUUCAAUGAACUCUUAUUAUUGUAAUAAUAAUUAAUUAAUUGGGACUGUUUGUGUGUUCAAUGUGCUCGAUGUGUGUGUGCCUGCAUGUACUGUGUUGCAAUGUGUUCUUGUCGCUGGAAUUUAUUUGUUAUCAACAUAAUUUGCACACGUACCUAA